GCCACAAUAACAUAAUUCUUAAUACAUAGUUCCGAUUUGUAUUCAAUAAGUUUUUUCGCAGUAAUUUCGUUUUACACGCUUGUAACGAAGAAAUCAUAAAAAAUUCCUCAGUUCAUGUAACAGCUAAUCAAAAACUUACGAUCGAAUUGAAUCGACAACAGCUGAGAUCAUUUGUUUUCCCCUCUGAAAGAUGUCAGAGAGCAGACCAAGUGUAAAUAGUCUAUGAAUAAAGCAGAAAGCAAGUAAAGUACAAAAAGAGUACUCUCACACAAACCACAGCAGUCACCGGAGAGUAUACAGUUUACCGGUUCAUUUGGAGAUAAGACACCAUUUCAUUAAUAUCAAAGCAACAACGAAAACAUCAACAGCAACAAGAGCGGACCGUAUAACGAAAGCUAAACAUCACGCCAGAGCGCCAGAGGGAGCACUUUCUGAAAGCAACUAACGAUUCGCAAUCAAUCAAAAAUUCACACUGAAACCGCUACUGUGACGUGUGUUGUUGUCGCAUCGCGGCGCAAAAGUCAUCAAAGCUGGUUUUCCCCGAUUGUACCAUAAGAGCGUGCGAUCGCAGUGGAAACCGGUCAUUGUGUGCGCGUAAGUUGGUGUGAGCAGUUCAGUGACCAAAUACAAGCGGCUCAAAGUGAUCUAAGUAAAUUUACAGUGAACUUGUCAGUGGUUUUUCUGGUGAGUGACUGUGAAAAACAACAGCGAACGAGUAUACAAAAGAUUCUAGUGAAACCACAAGCAGACAAUAUGACGCCAAAGGCGUUUGAGAUUCUUGCUAUCUACGCAUUCUUUAUCACCUACACAUGCGCCUUUCCCACAGCGGAGGUAGUGGAGAGGAAGGCGAACAUUACGCAGUUGACCGCUUUGCAGAAUUCCGGCAGCGAUAAUAUUCACACCAACGUCACCAGUAAUGUAUUCGACAUACCACCCGGAAUUUUCACAUCAUACGUACCGCUGUCAGCCGAGCCGAUUAUGAACGACGAAGACGAUUACGUGCCCUAUCGCAGCGAUGUACAUGAUCACUUCUCAUGGGCGCUGCUCAAGCAGAUAUUGUUAUCAACGUCUGCCGCGCGGAGUAACAACAUCAAAACCGAUUCUGUGGCUAGCUUCUUUCCGGAAGACACGGAAAAUGUUAUAUUCUCGCCGUUCUCUGUCAAACUCGUGCUUGCGCUACUCACUGAGGCAACUGGAAAUGGUACGCGUUCUCGGCGUCAAUUACUAGCUACGCUAGGAGAUAUAAAAGCCGCUGAGAAUUUGCGCAGUUUCUAUCGCAAAACGCUUGCUUCGCUGAAGAAGGUGAAUCCCCACUAUACGCUGCACUUGGAGACGCGUCUCUACACUGACGCUUCCAUCAAACCUUUACCAGCGUAUGAGGAGCUACUGAAGUCUGCCUAUGAAACCCCAAUCGAGCAAUUGGAAUUCGCGGACGGUGUCGCUGCUGCGGAGCAAAUAAAUUCGUGGAUUGCACGCGCAACCGAGGGCCGUUUACAGCAAUUGGUCACGGAAGAGGGCGUAGCUAAUAGUGUUAUGCUACUAGUGAAUGCAAUUUACUUCAAUGGUUUGUGGCGUCGACAGUUCAGCGAAUCCCACUCGGGUGUCUUCUUUCGCACACCACGCGAGCAAUUGAAGGUCUCGUACAUGGAGUUGACUGAUAAUUUCUACUUUUACCAAUGCAACGAGCUGAAGGCAAGAAUUGUGCGUCUGCCCUAUCGUGGCCAGAAGUUCUCCAUGUUUGUAGCGCUACCCAAUAAUGAGCGGAGUAUAGAUUCGUUGCUAAGACGUAUGCAAAAUGAGCAGUUGAAGCACAUGCAAUGGAUGAUGGAGCGCACCAAAUUCAGGGUUGUAAUGCCCAAAUUCAAGUUUGGAUAUAAGACUGAUUUGAAAGCUGCGCUUUGCCGUUUGGGUGUAGUAGACAUAUUCACCGACAACGCAGAGUUAACUGCCAUGGUUGCUAAUAAGGAUAGCCGUCUGUUGGUCUCCAAUAUACUACAGAAAAGCGGUAUUGACGUUAACGAGCAGGGCACAGAGGCUUAUGCCGCCACCGAAGUAGAAAUUGUGAAUCGUUUUGGCGGCAGUGAUGAGGUGGAAGAGUUUAUUGUGAAUCGACCAUUUAUAUUCUUUAUUGAAGAAGAAAGCACGGGAAAUAUUCUAUUUGCGGGGAAGGUGAUGAAUCCCACGGCAUGAGAGCAAUAAUUUAGAAGAAAACAAUUAGUAAACAUAGCGUAUAUUAUGUAAAUAAUUUUUACUUUAAGUAAUAGUGUUACAAUAUUUAGUUAAUUAUUUAAGUGUGUAAAUAUGCAUGUGUAAAUAUAUAUUCAAUAAGAGAAUAAAAAAUGUUGUGCAAAAAUA